AUUUAUUUGAGAAAAAACGACGUCGUUGGGGUUGGCGGUUAGAAAGACAAAGCCCUAAACCCUGCUGCGCCACAUUAUAGUUCUCUUCUCUUCUCUCCCUCUGCCUCUGUUCUUCUUCACUACUCUGAACCCAAACGAAGAAGAAGAAGUAGAAGACGACGAAGCAAUACAACCAAAUCCCUAACCUCAAACCCUAGCAAUGGCGUCUUCCUUAGCCUCUCAGUUAGAAGUUAUCAGAUCCAUAGCACUCGCUGAUCCCGCGCCUCUAAAGAGACCAUUCACUCGUCCUUCUAUCUUAUUCGACCCUAAAAAAGCUGCUGACACUGAUACUGAAUCAAUUUUCUCUAUAGCUCUUCAAGGUUUGGAGGUUCUUAUUAAUAGAGAUGAAAGGUUUGGGAAUUAUAAGAACGAUUUGUUCAGUCACCGGAAUAAAGAGUUGGAUAGAGAGUUGCUGGGAAUAGAACAGAACAAUAAUCUUAACGUGUUAAUUAAUUCUUUUUUAAAAUUACUUUCUGGAUUUUUUAUUCUUCCCUCUGCACUCCAAACGCUCGAGUAUUUGAUACGUAGAUACAAGAUUCACGUGUUCAACAAAGAGGAUUUGAUAUUGUGUGCAUUGCCGUACCAUGACACACAUGCAUUUGUUCGAAUAGUACAGAUAAUUGAAACAAGUAAUGGUACGUGGGGGUUUCUAAAGGGUGUGAAAGUCUCUGGUGCACCGCCACCUAGAAUGGUUAUAGUGCAGCAAUGUCUUCGCGAUAAGGCCGUAUUAGAAGUUCUAUGCAACUAUGCAUCUCCAUCUAAAAAGUUUCAACCUUCAAAGUAUGUAAUUGGAUUUUGUACGGCUGUUUUCAUUGAAGUCUUGGGUACUGUUGAGACUGUUAAUGAUGAUAUUGUCAAAAGAAUACUUCCUUUUGUGGUCUCUGGUCUUCAGCCCGGUAUUAAGGGGGAUUCCAAUCACAAGGCCAGUUCAUUGAUGAUAGUUGGUUUGCUUGGAAAUAAAGCUGCAUUAGCUCCAAAACUUUUGAAUAGUUUGAUACGUUUAGUUGCCGAGGUUGCUCGCGAGGUGACUAAGGAGUCAAUAGAUCUUCAUUGGUUUCGGUUGUCCCUUAUUGCUUUAAUCAAUCUUGUUCAGUCCCAUGAUGUUGGAAUACUUCCAAUAAAGGCCUUGGAGGUUUUAAAGGAACUAAGGGAUUUGCCAGGGGUUUUAUUAGAAUUGUCUAAGGAGUUCAACAUUGAAAAGUUUCUUGUUGUUCUUUUGGACUCCAUGAUUGACUACAGUUCUAAAGAUGAAUACUGUCAGCUGGCUUUGCUUUCCUUGAUAGAAAAGGUCCCCAUAAAUGAUUCUGUUCAUCACGUGGUUUGCAAGAUCCUAUCAACUUGUGUGAAAUUAUCACAAAAAGUCGGUGACUCAGCCUCUUUGAUAUCAGCUGGCUGGGCAAAAAAGAUUUUGAUAGUCGUUAACACAAAGUAUCCUUCUGAACUUCGUGGAGCAGUUCAUCAUUUUCUUCAGCAUAACAAAGCACAUUCUAAGAAAGAUGAUUCACUGUAUAAGAUUUUAUGUAAGAUGUUGGAUGGGAAUUUGGAUUCAUCAUCUGAUAUCUCAGAGUCAAAAGUUUGGUUCGCCUUGUAUCAUCCAAAGGCUGAUGUUCGACGUACUACACUGCGUGAUUUAAAUUCUUCUGGCAUCCUGAAAAGUGAGAAAUAUGUUUCAGAGGGUCUUAUAGACAUUCAAGAGGCCAUAUUAAGACAGCUUGAUGAUAAAGAUCUAACAGUUGUUCAAGCAGCUUUAAAUGUUGAUGGCUUGCCAAAUGUACUAGGUGCUUCUAAGCUUCUCGAGGCACUGCAGAAUGUGCUAAGAAGAUGCGUUGGCAAGAUGCUGUCUGGUUCAACUGAUAAUGUCAGUCUGACUGGAGAAGUUGCUGUCACUUGUCUAAAGAAAGCUAUUUCAUACUUUCAUGAUCAAUCCGAUUACUUGAAGAAGAUUGCUGCCAUGACUUUUCCAUUACUCCUUGUUAUGCCACAGACACAGGGCUUGAAUUUAAAAGCUCUGGUACUAGUCAACAAAAUUAACUGGCCACUUUAUCAGAAUAUAGCUGUGUCUAGCUCUGAAGAAGCGACAUCAAUUCCCGGAAGUUUAUCUUCAAUUAACUUGAAGGUUAUCAAUAACUUGGCUGGCAAUUUCAUGGUCCACCCUGAAGAUAAUAUUGCUUGGUUUUCAGAAAGCUGCAACGAUUCAGAAUUGUCAAAAACACUCUUCUUUUUCGUUCUAUUGCAGUCACUUUUGAUUCAACCGAAAGGUGACGACUUUUCUGCACUGUUUGAAAAUGUGUUUCCUAUUCUGAAGGCUGAAUGGGAAUCUAUAGUGAAUGCUGGCGAUGUUCUUUUGGAAGAGUUCAAAUCUGAAGUGUUAGACUGGGACUGUAGUGCAUUCUUUGACCAUCUUUUGCAUGCCAAUCUCAGACCUUUAAAUGCAAAAGUUAUGGUUUGCAUUUUUUGGAGGCUAAUCGCACGACUAAUGUCAACAGAACCUUCACGCAAUCUGCUGGAUGAUAGCAAGAUAAAAGAUCUGUUUGUAUUUUUUGCUUCCUCAAAGUUCAAGCAUGCAUUCCGUGAACACCUCCAUUUCUUAGCUGCACAGUGCAGUGUAUCACCUGCCCGCCUAUUAUCGAAGUUUUUCACAGACGAAGGCGUUCCUGCUGCAGUCCAGAUUGAAAGUCUCCAGUGCUAUGCAUUUCUCUGUAAUCUGUCACAAGAUAGAUGGCAAACUGAACUUCUGGCUGAAUUCCCUUCUCUUCUUGUUCCAUUGGCCGGUGAUAAUCAGUCAGUAAGGGUUGCUUCCAUGAAUUGUAUUGAUGAGCUACGUGCCUUAUGGUGUCGUAUUGAACGUUCUGGCAAGAAAAAUGGGAACAAUGCGACAUGGUUCCAAAAUGGCAGUGUGAGACUUAAGAGGCUAAGACUAUCCAGUAGUAAAUCACUAUCAUCUAUCUUACUGAAAUUGGUUGUUGUUAUGGAAUUGCAGAUACAUUUCUCUACUGUUGGCCACAUACUUGAUCUCAUACUUGCAUCGAAAAGUGGUAUAAUUAGGUCUGCAGAUGAAAAGACAAAAAAGAGACCGAAACUGACAACACAUGAAGAAACAGAACUUCUCACCAGUGCCAUAUGCAGAAUAGAAAAUCCUGUCUACAUUCUUAGUUCUCUUCUUGAUGUUUUGUUACUGAAGAAAGACAUUACAAACAGGCAUUUUCUUUUAGACCCCUUAUUUAAGCUUCUUAGCAAAGUAUUUUCAGAAGAAUGGGUAAAUGGUACUCUUUUCCUAGAGGAAGGAUCAAGCCAACUGUCAUCAAGUUCUUCUGAAACCGUAUAUCAUAUUCAACAGACUCUAUUGAUUAUCCUGGAGGAUUUAAUUAUGUCUCUUAAAAGCAUGGCUGCGCCAAAUGAAAAAAUGACAAAUGAGAUCAAUGUUAAGCUACUGAUCGAGUGUGCCCGGACUACUAAUGUUUUAGGCACCCGCAACCAUAUAUUUUCUCUGCUUUCUGCUGUUAUUAGAGUCUUCCCAGAAACAGUCUUCAGUCAUUUACUUGAUAUUCUACCAGUUAUUGGAGAGUCAGCUGUCACACAGAUUGACAGUCAUUCAAAGCAUGUUUUUGAGGAUCUUAUAUCUGCGAUUGUUCCUUGUUGGCUGUCGAAGAUAGAUGAUGUGGAGAAAUUACUGAAGGUUUUCAUAGAUGUAUUUCCUGAAGUAGUUGAGCACAGAAGGCUGUCAAUUGUUUUAUAUCUCCUACGAACUUUGGGCGAGGGUAAAAGCUUGGCCUCAUUGCUUGUCUUGUUGUUCUCAUCAUUAGUUUCAAGGAAAGCCAGCUGUUUCCUCAAUAUUGAGACACCAGAUGCUUUAACAUUUUGUACCGAAGAGUGGGAAUAUAAAUUAGCAGUGCAAAUUUGUGAACAGUAUACAAGUUUGACUUGGCUUCCUUCCUUAGUUAUGAUGCUUGAGGAGAGGGGAAAUGGAAAUGGUGAACAGGUGCUGUUUCUGGAGUUGUUUCUGGCAAUGCAAUUUUCUUUGCAAAAAUUGCAAGAUCCUGAAUUGUUAUUUAAACUAGAAUCAGGAGAAGACACGAUUGUCAUUCAGAGGGCACUAGGAGAGCUUAUGGAACGGGUUGUUUUCCUCUUGCAUCUUGUAGAUGCAAGAAAAAAGCAGCUGAAUUUCCCUGUCAUUAUGAGGAAAGAGUUGAAGGAAACUAUGCGUGCUGUUGUGAGGAAUAUAACAAUUGACAUGAUACCUUCGGUGUACUUUAAGAGCAUAAUAAAGUUGCUCCACCAUUCAGAUAAAGAUGUUGGAAAAAAGGCUCUUGGGCUGUUAUGUGAAGCUGUAAGAAAACACGAAAAGGUCAGCUUAACGCUUAAAGACAACAAAGGUUCAAGGUCAAGAUCAAGUUUUCCAUGGCUUGAUAUGGAUGAAAGUUCUCAAGAAUCACUUAAUAAAAUGUGUUUAGAAAUUCUUCAAGUACUUGAUGGUUCAUCAAAUACCUCCUUGAAAGUGGCAGCAGUUUCGGCAUUGGAAGUUCUUGCAGAAAGGUUCCCUUCAAAUAGUUCCAUCUUUGGUGUAUGCCUCGGAUCUAUUACAAGAUGCAUUACAUCUCAUAACUUGGCGGUGACUUCUAGCUGCCUUCGAGCAUCUGCUGCACUGAUCAAUGUUCUAGGUCCAAAAGCACUGGCUGAACUUCCUCAAAUUAUGGACAACGUGAUGAAGUCAUCUCAGAUUGUAUUGUCCAAUCUAGAUAUGAAACCAACAACUAAUGAUGCUUUAUCAGCCUCCAAUGAAUCCCAUUUUAUUUCUGUUCUUAUCACUUUGGAGUCAGUUAUUGAUAAGCUUGGUGGAUUCCUAAAUCCAUAUCUCACAAAUAUCAUGGAGCUUCUGGUGCUUCAUCCUGAAAAGGUCUCACGAAUGGAUGCCAAAGUAGAAUCCCGAGCUCAUGGAUUACGAAAGCUUCUUGUGGAGAAAAUUCCGGUACGACUUGCCCUGCCACCAUUGUUAAAAUUAUACCCUGCUGCUGUUGAGGCUGGGGAUAAAGGCUUAACAAUUGUGUUUGAUAUGUUGGCAACAUUCAUCGGAACAAUGGACAGAUCAUCUAUCGUGGCAUUCCAUGGAAAGAUUUUUGACUUUUGCUUGGUUGCUCUUGAUCUCCGCUGUCAAAGUCCUGUUUCGCUUCAUAACAUUGAUUUAGUGGAAAAUGGUGUGAUAAAUGCUAUGACUGCGCUGACCCUAAAACUUACUGAGAGUAUGUUCAAGCCUCUUUUCAUAAAGAGUAUUGAGUGGGCAGAAUCUGAAGUGGAUGGAACUGCAUCUGUAGGAAGCAUUGAUAGGGCCAUAUCUUUUUAUGGCAUGGUAAACAAGUUUGCUGAAAGCCAUCGGUCAUUGUUUGUUCCUUAUUUCAAACACUUGCUUGGUAGCUGUGUUCAUCAUCUUGGUGAUGUUGGGGACUUCAAAGUGUCUAGUCUGAGUCGAAAGAAAAAGAAGGCUAAGAUUUUGGACGAAGGCGAGAUAAAAGAAACAGGUAGCUUGUCUAUCAAGGGUUGGCAUCUCAGGACUCUAGUCCUGUCAUCCUUACACAAGUGUUUCCUCUACGACACUGGGAGCUUGAAAUUUCUUGAGACUUCAAAUUUCGAGAUGUUGUUGAGACCUAUUGUUUCUCAACUUGUCAUAGAUCCACCUGCUUUGCUAGAUGACAACAACAUUUGUAUACCAAGCGUGAAGGAAGUUGAUGACCUACUUGUUAAGUGCAUCGGUCAAAUGGCGGUAACAGCUGGCUCUGACCUGUUGUGGAAACCUCUGAACCACGAGGUUUUGAUACAGACACGUAGUGAGAAGAUACGGGCAAGAAUAUUGGGCCUGCGAAUUGUUAAAUAUCUUGUAGAUAACUUGAAAGAAGAAUAUUUAGUGUUACUAGCUGAAACAAUCCCCUUCCUCGGUGAAUUGCUUGAGGAUGUGGAGCUUUCAGUUAAAUCUCUUGCUCAAGAAAUUCUGCAGGAAAUGGAGUCUAUGAGUGGGGAGAGCCUUCGGCAAUACCUAUGAAUCCCGUAGAUUAGGAGGGUAGUAGUGUUCUUGGUAUCCUGAUAUGAGUGAGCUAGAAAUGUGUAAUCAAAUAUAGGAAAUUUGUUUUGUAGACCAUGUACACUAUGGUCAUUUAUAGGAAAAAUUACAUUUUUUUAUACUGAUGAAAGUUUAAAUUCAAUCAAUAUUCUUGUGUUA